CGUUGAAGAUGUCGGUAAGAAGGGCUAAGUAAGAUCUGACUGAGUCCACCGACUCAACGGAUUGAUGUAUAUAUUGCUGAUGGAGCCAACCCAACGAUUUCCAAUAAUUAAUUCUUCAUAUCUGCAUCCAUCUCUUAUACAAUCUACAGCUUUAAUUUUGAUGGCCAAAUAUAAUACAGAAUACUCUUCUUCUUCGCUGAUGCUACUGCACCUUCUGCUGACGAUAAGCUUUCAGAUUGGGCAGAAUGCCGGUGCUGCGGCGGCGGCGGCGGUGGCGGAGGUUGAUGUAGGGUUGAUUCUUGACGCAGACACCAUUUUUGGGAAGAUAGCAAAUACAUGCAUAUCCAUGGGGCUUGAGGAUUUCUACGCCUCUCACCCCAAUUAUUCCACAAGGCUGCUUCUCCACCACAGAGAUUCCAAGGGCGAUGUUGUUCAGGCUGCUUCUGCCGCUAUAGACUUGUUGAAGAAUGUUCAAGUAUCGGCAAUAUUAGGUCCGCAAGCAUCUACACAAGCAAAUUUCGUGAUUGAUAUAGGCAACAAAACUAAAGUCCCCAUAAUUUCUCCGGCUACCAGUCCGUCUCUAUCGCCAAAAGAGAAUCCAUACUUCAUUCGAGCGGCACUAAUUGGGUCCUAUCAAGUUAAACCCGUCGCAUCAAUAGUUAAAGCCUUUGGCUGGAGGGAAAUAGUGUUGAUCUAUGAGGAUAGCUCUUAUGGGAAUGGGAUAGUUCCUCAUUUAACCGACGCUCUACUCUUAGUCAACGCCCAAGUUCGACAUCGAAGUGUCAUUUCGAUCUCAGCCACGGAUGACCACAUUCUUCAAGAACUCUAUAAGCUUCAAACCAUGCAAACUAGGGUUUUUGUAUUACACAUGUCAUUAUCUCUCGCUUCUCGAGUUUUCUUGAAGGUAAAAGAUGUUGGAAUGAUGAGCAGAGGAUAUGUUUGGAUUACAACAGAUGUUACAAGCUUUAUAGAUUCUAUGGAUUCCACAGUUAUAGAGUCUAUGCAAGGUGUAAUAGGUGUCAAACCUUACGUUCCAAAGUCUAAUGAGCUCGACAAGUUUAAGAAAAGGUGGAGAAAGAGAUUUCUUCAAGAGAAUCCAGAUAUAGAUGAUGAGUAUAAUCUAAAUGUAUUUGGCUUGUGGGCAUAUAGUAGUGUCAAGGCAUUGGCAAUGGCAGUGGAGAAAGUGAAAAUUGCAAAACCAAAAUUCAAGAAACCAAACGCUAAUGUGGAGAACUUAACAGACCUGGUUUCAAUUGGCACUUCAGAAAUGGGACCGCGGCUUCUUCAAUCAAUUCGAAAUAUGAGAUUUAAAGACUUGAGUGGUGAAUUCAACUUAGUCAAUGGAGAGUUACAAUCAUCAACCUUCCAAAUAGUCAACGUGAACGGCAAACAAGAUAGGGAAAUUGGAUUUUGGACUCCAAAAUAUGGGAUAUUGAAGGAUUUAAGACCAAGAAAUAUUAAGGACAAUUACACAACCAGUAAAGAAGAUCUUCGGAUUAUCAUAUGGCCUGGAGAAUCUGAUAUAGUGCCUAAAGGUUGGGAAAUACCAACAAGUACAAAAAAGAAGUUAAGGGUUGGUGUUCCUGCUAAAUGUGGGUUUGAAGAGUUCAUAAAAGUGGAAACGAAUCCUCAGACUAACGCUGUCAGUGUCACUGGUUUGUGCGCCCAUGUGUUCGAAGAAGUAAUGGAUCAUUAUCUCCCAUAUUAUAUCCCUUAUGAAUAUAUUCCCUUCCCCAGUUCAGGCAAUCCAAAUCAGUGUCCCAACUAUGAUGACCUUGUUUACCAGGUUGCUUUAAAUAACUUCGACGUAGUUGUGGGUGACAUAAGCAUCAUAGCAAAUAGAUCUAAUUUUGUUGAUUUCACAUUGCCUUUCACAGAAUCUGGCGUGUCAAUGAUCGUUCCAGUUAAGGAUAAUAAAAGCAAAGGAGGAUGGAUUUUCAUGAAACCCCUGACAAUGGAUUUGUGGUUAACAAUUGGGGCAUUCUUCAUUUUUAUUGGCUUUGUAGUAUGGGUUAUUGAGCAUCGCAUAAACAAAGAAUUUAGAGGCCCAUUGCUCUACCAAGUUGGAACGAUGCUUUGGUUUUCCUUCUCAACUCUAGUGUUUGCCCACAGGGAGAAAGUAAUCAGCAACUUAUCAAGAUUUGUAGUAAUCACGUGGAUGUUCGUGGUGUUGGUAGUACAGUCAAACUAUACAGCAAGCUUAACAUCAAUGUUAACUGUGCAGAAACUCCAACCUACAGUCACAGAUAUCAAUGCUCUUAUAAAGUCUGGAGAGUAUAUUGGGUACCAAGAAGGUUCUUUUGUUGGUGGCCUUUUGAAGAGUUCGUAUCCCGAUCCAUCCAAGCUCAAGGCUUACGACUCUCUCCAAAAGUUUGAUGAAGCCCUCUCAAAUGGAAGUAAGAAUAAUGGAGUUGGUGCAAUUGUGGAUGAACUCCCUUAUUUGAGGCUCUUCCUUGCCAAAUAUUGCAAUAAGUAUACUAUGAUAGGAUCAACUUAUAAGACUGCAGGCUUUGGCUUCGCAUUUGCAAAGGGAUCCCCUUUAGUUCCUGAGGUUUCAAGAGCAAUCUUACAUGUGACGGAGGGAAAAAGGAUGAACGAAAUUCCAGAUAAGAUAUAUGGCAAAGAACAAGAUUGCAAUAUGCAAGACGACAUCACAACCACCUCUGAAAGCCUUACUCUUGAUAGCUUCAAGGGUCUUUUCCUCAUUGCUUGUGUAUCUUCGCUUUCUGCUCUAAUCAUUUUUUUUGGUGACUUCUUGUACAAGAACAAAGACAUUUUAACCUCUAAUGAUUCGAUCCGGGAAAAGGUUACUAAGAUAGCUAAAAGCUUUGAUGAGAAAAAAGAUGGCCCAUCACGCAAAGAACCGACAACAACAAAUGAAGGGAUAGCAAUGUCGAGAAUGGUAAAAACUCAAGUUCUUGAGGGCCCUCAGAGUCCAGCCAUAAGCAUUUUUCAUAGUGCUGAAGGAAUCUUCUCUCAAGAUGAAGGACUUUCCACAACGGAACCUGGUUCACCAAACCAAUUCAUGACAUUGUAUUAAUUGUUGAUACUAAUGAUCAAAUAAGACUAUGCCAGCCUGCCUGCCUUCCAAUUAGCACUACACUAACUAGCCUUGAUAAUAGCAUCUGAUAUAUUAAUUGUUGCAAUUGAUUGUAGACUUGUAGUGGGAGCCAAAGUUGUCCACAAUUAAUCUGGUUCCCCUAAUUUUAA